GGGGCGCGAGGGGAAGGCGCGCGCGCGGAAGAGCCACCCCCUUUGCGGAGCGCGCGGCGCGGACCGGCCCUGCUGCUGCUCAGAGCCACCAUGGCGCGGACCCACAGUUGACGUUUGGCCUCUCCCCUCUCCACCUUCUCCUCUUCUCCGGCCCCUUCCUCCCCUUGCCCGGGUCCCGGCUCAGGCACGUAGGCGGCCGGUACCGGAGACACCGGGUCCCCCCCCUUCCCAGCCCCUCAGGACAGGCGGUAGGAGUCGGGCCGGGCGGCCGCGGGACACGCCAUGAACAUCAUCAUCGGCAUCGGCGGGGUCACGAACGGCGGCAAGACCACCCUGACGCGGCGGCUGAUGCGGGCCCUGCCCAACUGCAGCGUGGUGCACCAGGACGACUUCUUCAAGCCCCAAGAUGAAAUAGAAGUUGAAGAUGGGUUUAAACAGUAUGAUGUGAUUAGUGCAUUAGAUAUGGAAGCCAUGAUGAGCACCAUAAAUGCUUGGAUAAAAAACCCAGUCAAGUUUGAACGUUCUCAUGGGAUCAACAACACACUGGAUGCCCAGAUCUUGCCAGAUAAGGAGGGAGGAGAUGAAACAAUUCACAUUCUUAUCGUUGAAGGCUUCCUGCUUUACACCUACAGGCCACUGAUUGACGUAUUCCACCAUCGGUACUUUCUUUCCAUUCCAUAUGAAGAGUGCAAAAGGAGAAGAAGUUCAAGGAAUUACACUGUACCAGAUCCACCUGGACUGUUUGAUGGCCACGUUUGGCCUAUGUAUGUAAAGCACAGGAAGAUAAUGGAAGAACUUGGAGUUGAUGUGGUGCACUUGAAUGGAACAAAAUCAAAGGAGGAGCUGUUUAAUGAUGUGUAUGGGCAGAUCCAGAAUAAGAUUGAAGAAUUACUUAACACCCAGAAAUAAGCUGCUGCUGAUGAUGAUUCUUUUGAAUGAAGAUGAUUCCUGUUUGCUCCACGCUGUCUACCUGACUGCCACUAAAGUUCCAGCUUCUGUGAAGACUCAUCUCUUAAGUUCAACUUUGUUCAACCUUCCCUUGAAAACUUGAGUUCUACAUGGCCAUAAUUAAAAAGCACUCCCCCCUUGUCUGUGAUCCUAAA